CCUGUGCGCUCUGUACUCACCCAUGUCCUUCAUUUUGAUAUUGGUGUCGAACAGAGAUUGGUUCUUUCGACCCAAAAAGUUCAGCGGCCCCCUCUUCAUGCUUAUUGAUCAGUUGAUUGCAGUCUACGGCUCGGCGGGGAUCAUUGGCACAUGAUUGAUCGGCAGAUAAAUCCGAGGCGAAGCGCAGGGGUGGCGAGAUUGCGCGACAGGUGUACCGCUGGGCCCGCAGGUGAACCUGGCUCCUGUGAUUUGGUGCAAACUUUUCUGUACGGGGAGAGAAAAUGGAGCAAACCCCGCCCACUGCUGCUGCUUUCAUGCGCCUCCCUGUUGGUGCUCCACUCCCAGCUGCAGACAUGGGAAACAGCAAUGGACCGGAUAUGGAGGAACUGCAGGCCUGCGAGAGUCAUCAGUGGUACAGAAAAUUUAUGACCGAGUGUCCAUCAGGACUUCUCACCUUCUACGAGUUCAAAAAAUUCUUUGGUCUGAAGAAUCUGACGGAGUCAUCAAAUGCAUAUGUGCUUACCAUGUUUACAACAUUUGACAUGAAUGAUGAUGGCUUCAUUGAUUUCAUGGAGUACGUAGCUGCUCUGAGCCUGGUGCUGAAGGGAAAGGUGCAGCAGAAGCUCCGCUGGUACUUCAAACUGUAUGAUAUAGAUGGGAGCGGCUGCAUUGACCGCGAGGAGCUGCUGCUUAUAAUUAAGUCCAUCAGAGCAAUCAAUGGAAUUCCUCAUGAGAUGUCAGCAGAGGACUUUGCCAACAUGGUGUUUGACAAGAUUGACAUCAAUGGAGACGGUGAACUGUCCUAUGAAGAGUUCAUGGAAGGGGUUCAGAAUGACGAAAUGCUGCUGAAGAUGCUAACGGAGAGUCUGGACCUCACGCAUAUUGUCCAAAAAAUUCAAGGAGAGAUGAAGGGCGACAUCUAAUCCUCCAACUUUAUGGACCCUGAAAUACAUAUUUAUGUGUAACUGUGCCACAAUGUGAAAAUGUGGAGUCACAUUUAACUCACAAGACAUCAUGAGGACAAAUGGAUGUGGAUCAGUUUUCUAGGUGACUGUCAAAGGAAAAUACUAGGGUGUUCACCUGCAUACAUCCAUUGACCAGCAAAGAGUUUUUAUCUAUCGAGAAGAUUCGCAGACUGGACUUUAAAAUUAUGCAACUUUAUCAAUUCUAAUGCUUUCAAACUGGACCUAUAGGUUUUCCUUGCAGAAGCAGGUUUUCAUAUCAACAAUCUUUGUACAGAUGCAGCAAGAAUUCCCAGUGAGAUGAAAAUGUUGCUUCAGGAUAAAUGUCCUCUUGUUGUCAUUGAGCAGCUUCAGCAGGCCGGUUUUAUGAAGACAAGCUGAUCUUAUUCCAUGGGGCUGUUUCAGGAUUCAGAUGCUUCCUCUGCUGACUCCAGCUGAAACAAGCACUGCAUGAUUACUAUCUAGUUUGUAUCAUGUGCCAUUAUUGCCAUUUGAUAUUUAAAUUUUAGAUGUUUAAGAAUACCCAUUGCUGGUUGAAUAUGGAGGCUUUUUCACUUCCUCAGUUGUUUCACAUAUUGUAGAUCUCCCGACAUUACCCCCCUUCUGCACAGUUAUUAUAUUAUAUUUUGUAUGUAUUUUUGUAAAGCCAUUACAGCAAAGGCUCUUUUUUAUACUUUGAAUGAAUUAGAUGUUUGAUUUAAAUCUACUGGAAGGCAAAGUAUAUUUCAAAAUAAAAGACAACAGUAAAUAUUGUGAUCUUGUUUGAUUCCAGCUCCUUCUGUUGUUUAGUCCAUCAGGAUGUGUCUAUUUAUGAUUUUUUUUCCUAAGUGACCUUUCAAAUUGUACUAUCGCUGAAUAAGUGUGAAGAACUGGCCAACAACUCUGUGACUCUUGUGGUUUUUUUUCUCAUAAACUGAAAUUAGUAAGAUAAGUUUCUAGACAUUAUCAGGUCUAUUGACUCGAGAGUUUGUGUUUAAAAAAGGUUUAAAUAUAUAUUUUUUGAUAAAUAUUCCCGAAGAUGUCAGACAGAUCAGAAUCUACCACGUGUGUGACCAAAUACAUUUUGUUGUAAAGUGUUACUAUGUAAGAAGAAAACCCAACAUUAAAAAAUGACAGUGCUCAGA